AAAUGUCAUUGGAAAAUGUUAAAGGUCAGUAAAAUGUUCCACUACAACUGAACUGCUAGUGACCGAUGGUUGACUGGGAGAAGAAAUGUGGUUGAGUGGUUAGGGUUAGGGCUAGGGUUUUGAGAGUGAUCGCUAGAUGCAAAAGCUGUCUCUCAUUCAUCAUCGAAAUCACUCGAUUCCAUUCACUCUGUAAUCGUCUUCAAUCUUUAGAGUUUUUCACUGAUCAGUUAGUCUUUAACCUGUACCAGAUGGAGCAGUAUGAAAAGGUUGAAAAGAUUGGUGAGGGAACCUAUGGUGUGGUCUACAAGGCCCGUAACCUUGCAACAAAUGAAACAAUAGCUUUGAAGAAAAUCCGCUUGGAGCAGGAAGAUGAGGGUGUACCAAGCACAGCCAUCAGAGAAAUUUCUCUAUUGAAAGAGAUGCAGCAUGAAAACAUUGUCAGGUUACAAGAUGUAGUGCACAGUGAGAAGCGUCUGUAUCUGGUUUUUGAGUAUUUGGACUUGGAUCUGAAGAAGCACAUGGAUUCAUGUCCUGAGUUCUCAAAGGAUCUACGUCUUAUAAAAAAUUUUCUGUAUCAAAUUCUUCGUGGCAUCGCAUAUUGUCAUUCUCAUAGAGUUCUUCAUCGAGAUUUGAAACCUCAGAACUUGCUGAUAGAUUGUGGUAAAAAUUCAGUAAAGCUUGCAGACUUCGGAUUGGCUAGAGCAUUUGGUAUUCCUGUCAGGACGUUUACGCACGAGGUAGUGACUCUAUGGUACAGGGCACCAGAAAUACUCCUUGGAUCCCGUCACUAUUCUACUCCUGUUGAUGUGUGGUCAGUGGGUUGUAUAUUUGCUGAGAUGGUGAACCAGAGGCCAUUGUUUCCUGGGGACUCUGAAAUUGAUCAACUAUUCAAGAUUUUCAGAAUCUUGGGUACUCCCAAGGAGGAAACAUGGCCCGGAGUGCAGUCUUUGCCUGAUUUUAAAACUACCUUUCCAAAGUGGUCUUCCAAGAACCUUGCAACCGAGGUCCCAAAUCUUGAUGCAACUGGUGUCGAUCUUCUUAGUAAAAUGCUGAGCCUGGAUCCGAGCAAAAGAAUCACGGCCAGGAGUGCUCUUCAGCAUGAAUAUUUCAGGGAUAACGUCGGGUUGGUACCUUGAUUCACUGCACCUACCUUCCUGUCUGCAAAACUGUACAUCGAUUUGUAACAUUCUAUGGGUUUUCAUAUUCUGUGAGAAAUGUGUGGUUUUUUGCUGCAAUUUUUUGAGCUUCAAAUUCAAAUUCAAUUAAGUGGCUUUUAGCACAGCCACCAUGUAAUAUGCCUAGUGUUUGCUCGUCAAGUUACCUUCCUUUCCGUGUCCGAAAGAUAUAUAUCACUAUAUAUGAGUGACAUUUUUAAAAAAAUUUUUGUAACGUUGUGCUCUUUGAAAGACAUGAUGAUGACUUUGAUCCCCUUAAAUGUGAAACCUUGUUUUGCUUGUUA